AUGGAUGAUUUGCAAGAUGGUGUUGGAGUAAAUGUAGAGUCAGACAGCUUUACCGCAUCCGCUGCUAUUAUUGGUGAUGCACCUAUUGCAUUGGAGGCGGAUGUUGAGCCUGAAGCUAAUUCCAAGAAUCCGACCACCAUUUCUAAACGUAAAAGGAAGCAUACUUCUGUUGUUUGGAACCAGUUUGAAAGGCUUCCAAUGGGUGCAGAUCAGGAGCGCAAGAAUGAGAAUGGAAGCAUGCGACGUCACAUGCAAUCAUGUGUACGUAGAGACACGCGUGACGUGGGCCAACUAUUGAUAUCACAAGACAAAGGGACUUUAGCAUUGAGUGUAAAAAGGUUUGAUGCUGAACACUUUCAUGAAUUGAUAACAACAGCAAUCAUUUUGCAUGACCUUCCAUUCUCCUUUGUUGAAUAUGAAUCUAUUAGGGUGACUUACCAAUAUUUGCAUCCUGAGAUAACUUUGGUAACUAGAAAUACUUUAAAGGCAGAUGUCCAAAAAAUGUAUUCUCGGGAAAAAGCAAGAAUAAAAUCUAUGUUGGAGUUUAGCCCUGGUAGAAUUUGUUUGACAUUUGAUUUGUGGACUUCCAUAGUUACAGAUGGAUAUUUGUCAUUAACUGCCCAUUUUAUUGAUAAAGAUUGGGUAUUGCAAAAGAGGAUUUUGAAUUUUUGCUUCAUGCCAUCACCACAUACUGGUAUUGCAUUGUCUGAAAAGCUUUAUGCAUUAUUGUGUGAGUGGGGAAUUGAAUACAAGGUUUUCACUCUUACUUUGGACAAUGCCUCUGCUAAUGAUGUGUCUGUUGAUCUGUUGAAGAAUCAGUUAAUUGAAAACAAUGCACUUAUUUUUUGUGGUUCUUUUUUUCAUAUUCGUUGUUGUGCACAUGUUUUGAACCUUGUAGUGCAAGAGAGGUUGAGAGAUAUUGAUUCAGUGGUUAAAAAGAUUCGUGAGAGUGUGAAAUAUGUAAGAGGGUCCCAAAUUAGAAAGAAGAAGUUUUUAGAGUGUGUGAAUCAUGUGGGUCUUGAUUCUAAGAGAGGUUUGAGGCAAGAUGUACCUAUAAGAUGGAACUCAACAUUCCUCAUGCUUGACAGUGUCUUGUAUUAUCGACGAGCAUUUUGUCAUUUAGAAUUGAGUGAUUCUAAUUACAAGGACUGUCCUAAUCCAUAUGAUUGGGAAAAGGCUGAGAAAAUUUGUGAAUUUUUGGAACCCUUUUAUAAUAUCACUUGUGUUUUUUCGGGAUCUAAAUACGCCACUGCAAACUUGUACUUUCCAACUGUGUACACAAGUUAUUUGUCAUUGAAGAAAUCCGAGACAAGUGAAGAUGCAUAUUUGUCUGCUAUGGCAAAAGCAAUGCUUACCAAGUUUGAGAAGUAUUGGAAAGAUUUCAGUUUGAUAUUGGCAAUUGCGAUAGUGCUUGAUCCUCGUUACAAGUUGAAUUUUGUAGAUUAUGCUUAUGGCAAUGUUUAUGGAAUGAAAGGGUCACCUCAAUUUUUAGAAGUUAAGAGAAAUUUGGAGUUGUUGUUUGCUGAAUACUCUAAGGGCAAGGUUUCUACAAUAAAUGUUGUGACUUCACUUCCUACUCCUAUUGCUAAAAACCCAACACAAAAGUUUUUACAGAGGCAAACCAAAGUAUUGAAGGAGUUCAACAACUUUGAAAACCAAGAGCAAACUGUUAUGCAGAAAUCAAAGUUAGAAGUUUAUUUGGAUGAGCCAAGAGUACAAGGGAGUGUUGAGUUGGAUGUUCUUGAAUUUUGGAAAGGAAAUCAGUUUCGUUAUCCGGAGCUUUCUUACAUGGCUCGUGAUAUCCUAAGUAUUCCAAUAUCUACUGUAGCAUAUGAAUCUGCCUUUAGUGUUGGAGGACGAGUAUUGGAUCAAUAUAGGAGUUCACUUAAACCUGACGUAGUUGAGGCAUUUGUGUGUACUAGGGAUUGGCUAUUUGGAGAUAAAGCUAUGGAUGAUACUGAAGAUGUUUUUAGUUUGGAUAUCAAUGAGCCCACUACUGGUUCAUCUCAAAAUUCUCACAACCUCAACACCUCAAAUGCAAUGGAAGGUUAAAGCAACUGGAAGAAGAGGUUGAUCGGCGAGGAGGUCUCCAAGGUCUUGGCUCUUGGGAUUGCUCAAGUUUUCUUCUGUGAAUGGAUGAUGGGAAAAUGUCUCUAUUUAAGCGGUUAUAAUGGUUUUGUCUAUGGAACAAUUUGUGGAAGUAGUAAUGGAACUGACUUCUUGUAGUUGGGGUUAAGAUUUGUAUUACUUGCAUACAUUUUGUAUUGGUCUUACUUGGGAGAUGUAAAAGAAUGUGAUGAUAAUAGAACAGUUUGUGCAAGUAGUAAUGCAACUGAAUUCUUGUAG